GCUGGUGGUUUGUGAGCACAGCAGAGGAGCAGGGCUGGGUCCCUGCUACGUACCUGGAAUCCCAGAAUGGAACCAGAGACGAUUCUGACAUCAACACAUCAAAAAUAGGGGAAGUCUCUAAGCGACGCAAGGCUCACCUGAGGCGCCUGGACCGGCGAUGGACGCUGGGCGGGAUAGUCAACAGGCAGCAGAGUCGAGAAGAGAAAUAUGUCACUAUCCAGCCGUACGCCAGCCAGGGGAAGGAUGAGAUUGGGUUCGAAAAAGGGGUCACCGUGGAGGUCAUCCAAAAGAACCUGGAAGGAUGGUGGUACAUAAGGUAUCUAGGCAAAGAAGGCUGGGCCCCAGCUUCAUACCUGAAGAAGGCUAAGGAUGAUCUUCCAUCUAGGAAAAAGAACUUAACUGGGCCAGUGGAAAUCAUAGGAAACAUCAUGGAGAUCAGUAACCUGCUGAACAAGAAAUCAUCGACCGACAAGGAAACCCAAGCAGAAAACGAGACCUCCGAAUCCCACAUCACCAAGAAGGAAAUCAGUUUGCCCAUCUUGUGCAGUGACUCUAACGGCAACGCAAUGAUGACCCCAGACAAGCAGGCAUCCAAACUGGCCCAGGGUUCCCCUGCCAUAGCAAGAAUAGCACCACAAAGAGCUCAAAUAAGUUCUCCAAAUCUAAGAACAAGACCUCCCCCACGAAGAGAAUCCAGUCUGGGUUUUCAGUUGCCCAAACCACCAGAGCCGCCCUCCGUGGAAGUGGAAUACUACACUAUUGCAGAGUUCCAGUCUUGUAUCUCUGAUGGCAUAAGCUUUCGUGGAGGACAAAAGGCAGAGGUUAUAGAAAAGAAUUCUGGUGGCUGGUGGUACGUGCAGAUUGGAGAGAAGGAAGGAUGGGCUCCAGCAUCUUACAUUGACAAGAGGAAGAAGCCAAACUUAAACAGAAGAACCAGUACUUUAACCCGUCCAAAAGUUCCUCCCCCAGCACCUCCCAGUAAACCAAAAGACUCUGAAGAAGGAACAACUCCUGGAACUGUUUCUUCAGGGGAAGCCCAGGAUUCUCCCCACAAGCUCAAAUACGAAGAACCCGAGUAUGACGUGCCUGCCUUUGGCUUUGACUCAGAGUGUGAAGUGAAUGAAAGCCAUCGUGAAGAGAGCGCUCCUGAAAAACGAUUGUUUCAGCCACUCAAGCCUUCUCCUGUGUCAUCACUUCAGAAAACAAAGUUCAAAGUAGGAGAGUCUUCAGAGGACGUUGCUCACGAGGAAGAGACCAUUUAUGAGAAUGAGGGAUUUAGGCGUUAUGCGGAAGAUGCUUUGUCCAACAAGGAAUCUAGUGGAGACUCUGAUUCUCAGAAAAGCUCCUCUCUCUCCUUGCUCCGAAGGAACUCUCCGUGUUCCAGCUCUCCUAAAACAUCACUCGUGAAGCCCAAGACUGACAAAAACAUCCAGCCCGAUCUUGGAAAAUGUCACUACUCCAGGAGCGAGGAGACGAAACCAAGGUCAGCUUCAGACGUUGGCUUACGUAGCAUGCCAAGAACAGGUAUGAAGAAAGAGCCCGGGCAGAGCCCUUCCAUUAGAGCAAAGCCAAUUGUUAGGCCCAAACCCUUCUUGAACAAGGCAGAGUCUCAGAGUCAGGAAAAAAUGGAUAUCAGCACUUUACGGCGUCAGCUGAGGCCAACUGGGCAACUCAGAGGUGGACUUAAAGGCUCAAGAAGUGAAGAGUCUGAGAGCCCCCCAUACACAGCUUCUGAGAACCAAGAAGAUCCUGUUAGAAGGAGCUCAGCUGAUCUUAUUACAGCUCCUUCCCGUGGCAUUUUCUGCUCUAGCCAUCAGGCCAAAACUGAGCAAGAAAAUGACUCCAGAUGUUUCUAUGUGACCACUGACUCAUACCAAAAGGUACAGGAUUCUGAAAUUUGCUUCCCAGCAGGAGUAGAAGUGGAAGUGCUGGAAAAGCAAGCCAGUGGGUGGUGGUACCUGAAAUAUGGAGACAUGGAAGGCUGGGCUCCUUCUCAUUAUUUGGCUCUUCCUGAUAACCAGCGAGAAACUGCAGCAACAGAGACUGAUGCCUCACUUUCCAAGAACAGGAAAAAUGAAAACAAGUCAAACAGUUUAGAGAAGAUAGAGAAGAGAGUUCAGGCUUUGAACACCAUCAACCAAAGCAAACGUGCAACACCGCCCAUUCCAAGCAAACCUCCUGGCGGUUUUUCAAAAACGUCAGGGCCAGUCAAAAUGAGGAAUGGUGUGAGGCAGCUUGCCGUCCGGCCGCAGUCAGUGUUUGUGUCUCCACCACCAAAGGAAAACAACCUAUCGUGUUCCUUGCGCAGAAAUGAGUCGUUAACGUCUACAGAUCAUCUGAGGACCGUCCGUCGGAAUUCCUCCUUCAGUAACGCACGAUUGCAGCCAGGUGACACCAAGGGAAAGCAGGCUGAGAGGUCAGGCACAGAGGGCUCAGAGACCACCUCCAACCUCCCCAGCCAGAGGAAUGGGAUCCCCGUGUCCACUGUCAGGCCAAAACCCAUUGAAAAAUCCCAGUUCAUCCACAACAAUCUCAAAGACAUCUAUGUUUCCAUUGCAGACUAUGAAGGGGAUGAGGAGACUGCAGGGUUUCAGGAAGGUGUCUGCAUGGAGGUCCUGGAAAGGAACCCAAAUGGGUGGUGGUACUGCCAGAUCAUGAAUGGUGUGAAGCCAUUUAAAGGCUGGGUGCCCUCAAAUUAUUUGGAGAAAAAGAACUAAUACUGCAAUGUCUCUAACCUCCCUAAUUUAUACUGUUCCUGCUGUGUACAUGUGGAAAAAACAAUUGCUACGCAAAAAGACGUUUCCCUGUGCCCGAGUUUGUACAGAGGGACAAAGGAGUCUGUCUAUGUUGCGGACAAAUCUGCCGUGUUCUGGAGAGGUUUGUGGGGUUGAGGUGUCGUAAGCAACUAUGAGGAAGAUACAGCAUAGUCAAAUGCCUUUUUGUGAAGUUGUUAAUAGUCGUGUACGUGUAACAGGGUAUGACAUCCCAUCUUUCCCGUUAUUGAUAGGAAACCAAAUGCGUGCCUUUUGUGAGAGAAAUACAGAUGCAUCUGCUUGGGGAGUUUAGUGCCAAACUCUGUUUUACAGUCUUGGCUCCCUUUCUCCUCAUUCUUGUCCAUGCAUGGAAUACCCAAGAGUUUUGGAUGUAUUUCCACAACUUACUAACAGUGAGAAGCAAGUGGGAAUUGCGCUCUGAAACAGAGGGACUCUAACCCUUUGGAGAAGCUCACUUCUUUCCUCUUCUCAACAGUUGGUUGGUCUGGAGCUAGAGCCUUUUCAUUGUGGAGAGAUUUGGUCUCUGACUUCGGCUGUGCUUUGUUGUUACUGCUAAAUCCCUGGAAAUGGCAAUCAGGUGGUGUUGGUUGGGGGCUCUUUUUUGUUUCCUUUUGUUCUCUGUCUAGUUCUCGGAGUUGGGAUUUCAGGUGUUCUAGGGCAGCGAUGCCUACUGGUGCUUAUACAAAACAAACCCCAUGCUUAAGCACAUUGAUUACUUUAUAGGCUCUGUAUUUAGUUCUGUGCCUGACUGCUGCCAGGAGAUCCUGGUUGAGUCUCUUCCCAGAGUUGGGUUUCUCAAAGCGAUCAUAAUAUCAAAAUGUACAAAACUCCCUUAAGACACUGAAGACAAAGCUGUCAAGUGUGUCACUUCUGGUCCGAAUCCAAGCGUGCUUGCUGACUGCUGGCAGGGCCCACGAAAGUAUUAGAAAUAGCCGUAACCUUCUGCAGCAUCAGUGUUUACGAUGAGGGAGGAGAAAAGCCAUCAAACUCAGUCUGCACAUCCUAAUUUGUAUAUUUUUGGGGAAUUGUUUUUUGUGUUUUGUUUUUGUCUUUUACUGUGCAUUCUGGGUUUACUUUAAUUUUUUUUUUGUCUUGGUUUACCAGAAGAGACUUAAAACUGAAGUAGGAGCCAAACGUGUGUUUCUGUUCCCACUUGAAUCCAAGAGAGUACACUUGUACUAGAGUGUUGUGUGUCUGGGCUUUUCAGGCUCAGAUUUAAUAUCAAAGCAAUUAGGUCUAAAAUUCAUUUAACCAGGAAGCUGCCUCUUCUAGUUCCAUUUCCAUUUGCCUUUCUUAACUCAUGCUUUGAAAUGUGGCACACUGAGGGUAGAGUGAUGGGGAAAUGGAAGAGGCAUCCAUUGGUGAAGGCUUGGAGUAUGGAGUUAUUCCUGAGGUAGCCAACUCUUGUACUGUAAACAUCAUCGGCUAAAUCCCUACUGUACUUGAGAAAGUCUUGCUUUUUUUUUGUAAUGGCCUUGUUAAUCACUUGAGAUCAAUAUUUGGUUUCUUUCAAAAAAAAAAAUUAGGCAGUGUUGUUGUGUAUCUGUGUUAAAGGGGAGGGGGCAGACUAUUUCACUACUGGCUUACGCAAAAUGAUACAUGCCCUUUCUUCCACCAGAGCUUCAUACCAAUUUGGCUUGGAAGGUAAAGGUUAUAAAGACUUUAAGUAGCUGGGAUCAAGGGGUUGAGUGAAAUAGCACAACAAUAUCAUGUGUUACCAGGGAUGUUUCUCUGCCAAAAAAAAAUUAUACAAUUUAUAUGUUGUUCUUGUCUUUAUUUUUUAAUUUUUUUGUGUGGUUUGGGGUUUUUAUUAAUUGCUAUGAUAACAUUGAGAGAGAGUUGCCUACAGCUAAGCUAACCAACGUCCUUUUGUUAGCUUAAACAAAACCCAGGUGGCAUGACGGGCCACGGGCAGUGCUGUGGUCCCAGCAGCUCUCUGAGCCUCAAGCGGGGGGGGAGGGCGCUUGGUUGGGAUCCGUUUAAAUUGUGGUGGCAGGAGGAGGUGUAUGUGCGCAACAGCCCCUAUCACAAUGCGCGGAGCCCGCUUUGGACCUUACGUCUCACUUACGAUAUAUAUGUAUAUAUCCAGUUAGCUACAUCUUUCUGGAUGUCUAUCUGAGGCGUUGCAGCCCUGUCUCUCAUGCUUCUCCCCGUUUUAAGUUGUACUAAUAGGGUCCCAGCCAUUAAAGACUGCUGGAGCUGUUGUGAGAUUAUAAUAGAAGUAUUAUAUUCUUCUGCUGGACAGUAUUAAAUAGAGCAAUACAUAGAGUUAUCUGCUAGAUUGCAGUACUAAUAGUAGCGACUUAGUGACUCGUAUUAAUGUUGUUAUGAUUUAUUUUAACAAUAAUGAUGCGGAAGUGGUUCAUUAUUUUGAAUUAAUGCACUUUAACAAUAAAAGAAACCAAAAUGGAAGCCAAUGCAGAGAACCAAGUGCAUUAUUUAAAGGUGCAGUAUAUAAUUAUCACUUUCUUCAAGCACAUAUUUAUUAAGAAUUAACUUAUUAUUUAAAAUAUGCUCAAGUUUUGUUUAGAAACAUUCCCACGAGGUCAUUUCUCUUGGGGGGGAAAGGAAAAGCACAGCUCCCAAGUCUUCUGCGUUGAGCUGCUGAGGCCAGGGCUCCUGCCUGGGGAUGGGAGAGCAGCCUGCGGCUCUGCCGGGGCAGCAUGCACUACAGGAAACAGUUGCAUGCAGCCAGUGUCCUGGCUUUGCUGGGCGGGCACCUCACAGGGCUUGUGAUAGCUGUAGCUCCCAGUGGCUUUUAGCACACGGCCGGCACGAGCCCACAUCUCCACUGGGCGCAGGCUUGGCGCAUGGCUCGGAUUUGCCUAACCAAGGCUUGCCCAAAAAACAUGGGCCGGCCACGUAGCAGACAGUGGUCCAGCUCCUUUCCCACCGGCAGAGCAGGGGGAAGGGCCCCGUUUUGGCAGGGGCGUUGUGCUUGGCCAUCGGGCUCAUCACGCUGCCAGGAGGGACGGGCACCAGCCUGUUGCCUGGUGCGCCCAAGCAAAGCCUUGAUUUGGCCUAGUUCUUUUAAACACAAGGGCACUUUCUAGAUAAAGACCAAAAAAAACCCAAAAUUUCCCCCCUCCCCUCUUACAUUUUUCAUAAUCUCUCAGUGAUUUUGAUUAUUUCAACUGCACAAUCGGGAAAAUAUUCCCCCCCCCCCCC